GUUUGACUUUUAGUUCCGUCCGCGAGCGAUGGCACAUUUCGACGUUUCUGUGACGUAGGCAGAGAACGGCGUUUCCGUAGCAACUGGGGCCGGUCCGUUACCCGCAGCAGAGACCGCUGAGCUCCGUGAUACCGGAUCUGAUCGAGGAGUAGUAGCGGGGACCGUCGUCGGUAACCGGAUACCACCUCUGUCUGUGAAGCGGACCGACACGGGGGCGACCCAGAACCGAGGCGGGGAGCCCGCAGCAGCGCGCGGAGAUGCUGAAUAUGUGGAAAGUCAGAGAGCUCGUGGACAAAGCCACCAAUGUGGUGAUGAAUUACUCUGAGAUCGAAUCCAAGGUGAGAGAGGCGACCAAUGACGACCCCUGGGGACCCUCCGGACAGCUGAUGGGAGAAAUAGCAAAAUCCACCUUUAUGUACGAGCAGUUCCCAGAGGUGAUGAACAUGCUGUGGACCAGGAUGCUGAAAGAUAACAAGAAGAACUGGAGACGAGUCUACAAGGCUUUACUGCUGCUGGCCUACCUGAUCAGAAACGGGUCCGAAAGAGUCGUCACCAGUGCCAGAGAACACAUCUAUGACCUGCGAUCUCUAGAAAACUACCACUUCAUUGACGAGAACGGGAAGGACCAGGGCAUCAAUGUACGGCAGAAGGUGAAGGAGAUGGUGGAGUUUGUCCAGGACGAUGACAGACUGAGAGAAGAGAGGAAGAAAGCCAAGAAGAACAAAGAUAAAUACAUUGGAGUGUCCUCUGACAGUAUGGGAGGAGGAGGAGGAGGUGGAGGAGGAGGAGGAGGAGUAGGAGGAGGAGGAGUGCAAGGAGGGGGAGGAGGAGGAGGAGGAAGCGGAAGCAUUAAGAACUCUACUGAGUUGGAUCGAAGCAAGUGGGACGAAGACUGGGACAAGAGCAGAGGAGCGUUCCCCUUCAGCGAGAAGCUCGGAGAGAUCAGCGACAAGAUCGGCAGCACCAUCGACGACACGCUCAACAAGUUCAGAAAGAAGGAGCGGGAUGACUCACCGGACAGACUCAGUGACAACGAGGAGGACAGAGCAUCGAGAAACGGACGGCAGGAAACCCUCGAGUUUAAAGACGAGGAAGAGACCGUCACAACGAAGAGCAUCCAGAUCACACAAGCAACAGAAACCACCACCACCACCACGCGGAAACGCAGCGGGGCGGCAGGCAGCAAGGCCCUGGACCUGGGUGCUGCGGCUCACUACACAGGAGACAAGAGCCCGGAGGAGAAGUCUUCAGUCAGACAGUCCUCCAGUAGCGGUCUAGCUGACCUGCUAGUAAUCGACCCUUCAUCCAAUCAGAGCACUGCAACAGGUGGGACCUCGGACCUCAUAGGGGGCUUCGCCGACUUCUCCUCUCCUGCAGCGUCCGCCAGCCUCCCAACCUCCACCGCUGCUGCAUCGUCCAAUGGGAAUGGAGAAUUUGGAGACUGGAAUGCAUUCUCAACCAAUCAUCCAGCCUCGUCCAGCUCUGGACCCUCCCCGAAGGUCACCGACCUGUUCGGCAGCGUCCAGUCACCCUCAGCCCCGGCCUCCAACCCUGCCGCUGUUCCACCUUCUGCAGAGCUCUUUGACCUGAUGGGAGUCAACCACCAGCUAACCAAUCAACAUACUACACUGAGCGCCUCUCAGAGUAUGACUUUCUCUCUGGGAGGGUCCACGCCUGGAGCAUCUGUUGCUAUGCCCAACAUGCAGCUUUCUCGCUCUCAACAGAGUUUGGGAGGCAUGACGUCCCAGCAGCCUUUAGGACAACAGCAGAAGGUCGGGGUCGGAGGUCAGGGAUCGUUGGGGUCGACCUGGUCUGAUCCCUCCGUUAACAUCAGCCUGGACUUCUUAUCAGCGGGCCUCAACCCCACCAAGACGCCUCCCACACUCAACAACAUAAUUCAGCAACAAGGUGUGCCUCCUGUCAACCUUUUGGCCCAGAACUUUGGUGGACUCAACCUCAGCUCCCCGCCUCACGUGACACCCAUCAGACCACCAGCGAACCCCAUGCUGUCAGGCAACCCCAUAACGAUGGGCAUGCCUGCAUCCAUGGCCACUGGCAUGCCUGCUUCCCUGGCAGCCACGAUGCCCCCUUCAAUGAACACGGGGACCAUAGGGAUGGGUGGAAUUCCUGUAAACCAAGGCAUGAUGGGAAUGAACAUGAGCAUGAAUAUGGCCACUCCGGUGAUGAUGGGCGGCAUGGGGAUGCCGGGAGUUGGGAUGGGCCUCACGCACUCCAUCACCCCAGCUGUGGUUCCACCCAAACAAGAUGCCUUCGCUAACUUUGGCAGUUUUGGGAAAUGAAAAAGUGCAACUAUGUGUGUAAGUGUGUGUGUGAGUGUGUGUGUGUUUGUGUGACAUUUUGAGAGGACCACAGGAGGACUGCUUUACUUGAAAGACAACCUUGCAUGUAUACGUCUCUGCUUCCUCUCUUUGCCGGCAGCGAGCUGGCACCAGUGAUUCCUCUCCAUCCGCGUCUGUUGACGUAAGUAGAGGCAGUGUGGAGCGACCACUGAUGCCCCUCAGCCAGCAGCUAAUUGACGUGUGAAACGGUGUCAUGGAGAGGACACCCCGAAAGCAGGGAAGAUGUCAACCCACAGCCUGGAGUCAUUAAAGGAUUGUUCUUAACUGUUUGAUAGCAUACAGAGUUAUCCCCCCCCUCGCUACAGUGUUUCUCUUACUGCACACAAAACAAAUCGUUAAGGUUGACUCAAAUGAAAAGACGGCAUUUCUGCCUUAAUCCAUCAUCAUAGCCUGAGAUAUCAUCUUCAUAUGAUUUUAACUAAAUUGAAGCCAUGCUCUGAUCUGUUACUUUCACACCUCAGUAAGAUAACAUCUGAAGCACACUCAAUUCAUCCCCUAAUCCUCCAGCAGAAAGCAGGAUGAGUGUAACCUUUGAGAUCUUGAGCCAUAAACUCUAACGUAUAAAUCACAUCUAAACCUUUUUCUCUUUUCUAACUUCACUUUUUCAUCCAGCUUCUGUAAGUUCACUCUGACUCAGUUUGAUGCUGUUUAACUUCACUGAAGAAAGAUCUCUAACAUGCUCUCUUUAUUUUAUAACGGCUGUAAAGGUUUAGGGUUAAAAGGGACACCUGUUCCUGUAUUCUUCAUCCUCUCCGAUAGAUACCUGAGAAAAGGUCAGUCAGUAUUUUCCUCAGAGCACUACAACAGAUGUUUUCUCAUUUUAAGUCCCCCUCUCUGCAAUUAGGUCAUCUCAGAAAGCUGUUGAUGAUGUCGGAGUUGCUUUCAGGCGCACAUGUAUCAUGUCCAUUCUACUUUUACUUAGAUAUUGGAGGUACUGGAGGUUCAAAGUAAUCUUUUUUAGAGAGUAUUUUCCAAUAAGCUGUAGAGAAAAAACAAAGAUGGCCACCGUUGACAAGAAAAUAUUGUUGUAUCACUCUUUGCCGAGCAAAUCACACUCCAAAGUAACAUAGACAUUUGACAUUUAUCAAAUAAAUCCGACGAUUUUCGUGA